AUGGACAACGGAAAGAAAACUCGAAGACGGCGAAUGGAAGCGCCAGGUUUCGACAUGACUGGUAACGGCAAACAAAACCCAAGCGAUCCACCUAUUCCUCACCCUCUCCGUCAAUCGUCCUCCGCAUCACAGAACAAUAACAGUGCACCACACACGCAACAACAGGCAGAGCGUGGAAACCCACGACGUGGCCCAUCUCGCAAUGAUGGAACGGCCGUGGCGAGUGCCGACAACUCGCACGAUGGAUCCCCAGCAGGACAGCAACGGUCCAAGAGUCCAAAUCGGAAAAGCGACGCUUCAGGCAACAGUGGUACAUCCAUGAUGACCGACGCAAAGAAGUGGUUUGACAACUCCAACAACAACCCAACCGCCACGUUUGAGGCCAGCCCUCCCGAUGGAUCCUAUUUUGGAAAGCGAGAAUCAUCAAGCGACGACGCGAACCCCGACCUUCCACUCAUGUCACCACAACUUGCACCCCCAUUCGUGUCUCCCGACGCCUCAUUUCUCCCGGCCACCCUCAUCCAUGCGACCACGCGGAGCAGCAGCUCGGAAGACUACCGGAGCGUUAUCGACGACCUGACCAUUGAAAACAAGCGUCUCAAGGAACAGCUCAAACGGUACCAGCAAAAUGCGAACCGGGAUGUGCUUGAAAACGAAAAGCUCUUCGAAAUUAAAAUGCAUGGCUUGCCGCGCCGUAAGAAGCAGGAGCUGGAGGCCACGCUUCGCGAUUUUGCUGCCGGUCUUGCCGACAGCACAUCCAACGACUCCUCAUCAAGGCUCCAUCGGGAAAAGUCUUCCUCCUCCAAAGACCACUCCCAGCAGGCGCACAAGCACCACCACCAUCACCACCACAACGGCUCAGCACUCUACUCAUUGAGUGGCUCGCGGUCCAAGAAUGCCUCGAACUCGUCAUCGCGCUCGCGGCCCGUCGACUCGGCCUAUGCCUCCAUGUCAAUGGGCGGCCAUUCGGCCGGCACGUCCUUGACCCGGCCUCCGUAUGGAGACGUCAAGGCUCGCACGUCGUCUGAGCAGAAGGUUGAGCGCUACCUCAAGGAUAUCCCGGAGGGCCUCUAUCCACAGUACAGCUUCAACGGCCUCGGUGACAAUGAGAAGAAGAAGCUGAUUGUGCGGCGUCUGGAGCAGCUCUUCACCGGUAAGAUUGGUGGCCGGUAUUCUCGCCAGGCUCGUUUCGCUGUGCCUGAGUCGGCCAACGUGCGAGGCACAACCUCCGUUGCGGCUGCUGCAGGCGACAGGUCCGCAAAAAGUGCCGACGCCCGGAAGAGCAGCAGUCGCAGUGGUACCAGUGGCGAUAGCGGCAGUGCCCCAGCCGUGAACAUGGUCUCAGAUGCCUCUAUGCCUGCUGUCUCUGGUACUGUUGCCGUAAAUGUACCGGUCUUGACGUCGCAUGACAGUUUGGAGCCUGUACGUGAAGCACGCAUCCAGUCUCGGAGCUCCGGCCACAAACAAUCCAAGUCCCAUGACAAUGGAUCGGCCUCCAACUCCCACUCCAAUGGUGAUGAAUCAGGCAACGGAAAUGGCAACGGCAGCGGCAGCGGCCACGGCAAUGUCCCUUCUCACAGUGCGACGUCCAGCGGCAAUGGCAACGGAAAGCACGUCGCAUCAUCCGUACCCGACCAGCGCCCAACACGACCCCUUGACCUGGACCCUGACAGAGUCCAAGUUCCCGCGGACAACAUGGAGUACAUCCGUCACCUCGGCCUGGUUCCGCCCGAAAUUGGCCCCCAGAGUGUGUCCAAGAAGAUUGACGUGUCUCCUGACGCCGACGGCUGGGUCUACCUGAAUCUGUUGGCCAACCUGGCGCAGCUGCAUAUUCUCAACGUGGCGCCCGAUUUCAUCCGGCAGGCUGUUGUUGAGAAGAGCACGAAAUUUCAGCUCUCGCCCGACGGACAAAAAGUUCGUUGGCGCGGUGGCAUGGACGGAACCAAGUUUAGCAGUGACAGCGGCAGCUCGGGUGACCGGUCGCAACAUAGCCAGUCUACUGACGCGGACGAUGGCUCUGACGAGACUGGCCAGCGGAAACGGGCCAAGACAUCUGAGAAUAACUCGGCAUCAGCACAGUCAAGCGGCAAAAAGCAGUCCAAGGCAGGUCUGCAAGACUCGAAUGCAUCGUCCAGCUUCCACUAUAAGCCCCUGUUCGUUCAUCAGAACUCCAGUCCGCUGUUGACCUCUGGGGAAGAAAUGUCGUCGCAAGAUUCCGACCUGCCCGAGGCCAUACGCAAGCAUGGCAGCCGUGUAGCGCAGAGCAACACGAAGAGCCGCAAUCGGCACGAUGCUAAGAGCAAAACAAAGGGCAGCAGCAUUUCCAACAGCAAUGGCAACAGCAAUACCAACAUGGACGCCUCCCGAUAUGACAACAGCCGCUCGGGGUCUUCCAAACCCGGCACAAAGCGGAAGACGGAUGGCGUCAUUGUGUACUACAGCGGUAUGCCAUUCUGCACUGAUCUUGCUGGAGAUAGUUCUGGCGAGGCGAGUCCCACGACCAACGAGACAUCGACUCUGCAAACGCAGGAUUCGAUGGACGAUGCCUUGCAAGGCCGGCCAACCGUGCACCGUUCCUCGUCAGGUUCCUACAUCCCUUUUCGCCCUCUAACGGACUACAUGAGCCUUUCGAUGGAGGAGUGGGCCGGUCUGGGCCUUUUGGGCAUUGGCACGGUGGGACGGAAUGAGCCUGCGGCGAGCGUCAACGACAACAUGAGCAGUUCGGACAGCUUUAUCAGCAACACAAGCAACCAGGAAGAAAGUAACGACGACCUCAUGGUGCUGGACUACAGUUCCGAAACCGACGCGACGUCGGUUGAUACAGAGGAGCCGCUCCUUGAAGCGUCCGGUAUCAACCGGGUGUUUCCGGAAGACCACUUUGCACUACGCGUUACGACAGAGCGGCCGUUUGACCCAAAAGGCUAUAUCAAUGCAUGCGAGGACGAAGAUGCCGGCGUUGACGACAGCGUCCAGAACAGCGAUUCCAACCCCAGAGACAGAGACUCGUUCUCAAUGGCCUCACUGGCGAACCGUGUUGCCUCCUUAAAGCAGCAGACUCCGCCAGUGUCGGCUGCAGUAGCAAUGAAGAAUAAGGCGCCAUCGGUGGUCAUCAAUUACGUAUCGGCAAUUUACCAAAAACGAGAGCCGGCCGAGCUGCCACGUCCUGCCAUGUUCUAUCCUCCAUUCAGCUCGACAUCUGAGUCUGAAGAGGAGGAGGACCUGCUGGACUCAGAAGGUGGCGAAGACGAGGACGAGAGCUUGCUGGCGUCGUCAUCUGUCAUUUCACGACGUGCCAACCCGCACUACUCAGUCAACAACGCAUCGCUCGCUUCCCACGCCAUGAUGUCGUCGGGCGAAGAUGGCGAUGUGGAGGCUGACGGGUCUCGAGAGACCAUGGAGCUAGAAGACAGCAUCUGA